AUCUUUCACAGAAAUGCGACUCUCUUUGGGAGGAAUGUCAAGCCUGACAACUGUAUUGUUUGCAGUAUUUCUGACCACAGGCAAUGCUAUCCUAGCAAAUGCUUUCUCUGAUUCAGUUGACGAAGUGUUUCAAUUUCGAGAAAUCAAGCCAGUUGGACACAAGCAGGAAACAAAUGAAAUUAAGCGAGCUAUGGCUUUCUUUCCCAUGAGAGGCCGAAGAGAACAUGACGAAAAACGAGCAAGUUCCUUUUUUGGACUUCCAGGAAAAAAAGACGAAGACAAAAGAGCUUCAGGAUUUUUUGGCAUGCGAGGCAAAAAGGAUUCAUCUAUCGAGGACAAAAGAGCAAGCUCCUUUUUUGGACUUCGUGGGAAAAAAGUUUCCGACGACAAAAGAGCAAGCUCCUUUUUUGGACUCAGAGGUAAAAAGGACAUGGUAGACGAGAAGAGAGCUAGUUCGUUCUUUGGACUGCGAGGCAAGAAAGGCAGUGAAUGGGAGGAUACAAGAUUUCUAAGCAGCUACCCCAAAAGCGACGACUACAAAAACUAUCUGGAACUUGAAAACCAAGAGGAUGUUGAUGAUUACAUCAAAAACUUGAAACAAGCUUACAUAAGGAAUCACUCAGUUGAAAAUGGGUCUUACCCCCCAGGGAAUAUAGACAUUGAAAGCAAGAGGGCAGGAGCAUUCUUCGGAAUGAGGGGUAAAAGAAGCACGAAGCAAGAUGACCAAACAGCGACGAAAGAGGUACGAAUGUUUCCAGGAAUGAAGAGAGCCGAAUUUUUUGCUUCCCGAGGAUAAAACCGACAGAAAGAAACAUUUACAAAUGUCAAACUGAACACAGAUUGCUGUAUAAUAAUACUUAUUAAUUAACGUAUCAGUAUUUUGAUCAACGUUAUAAGUAAGAAUGUUCAAAUUAUAAAUUAUUUAUAGCCAAUUACUUGCUUCUUAAAAUAUAUUUAUAUAUUGCAUGGUUGCUAAUGUUUAUGAAUAUUCCAGUGUUAUGUUAACAGCUGUAGUUACAUAUUGUUUUUCUGCGUGUUGCUUUAAUCCUUUCUUCGUGGAAUGUUAAUUAUAUUAAAAUUAAACUCAGAAGAAGUAAUAUUCUAUUAUUUAUGAUCUAGGCCUUCACUGCUAUCAAGUGAUAUUACAUUAAUAAAUAUAAUUGUUUUAUGAUAAUGAGUAUGUUACAGAAAUUUGAAAAACUGUUUAAUGUCCACGUGUAUAUUGUAUAAAGGCCGUCCUGGUGGUUUUGUUGAAUUCAAUAAAUACAGCAACUAAUAGCUUAAAAAAGGA